AUGGACGUAACGGCGGCCGACGGCGACGCAGACACAGGCACGGCGGCGGGGAUGCUCGUGCGGCUCGGCCCGUCGAGCUCGUUCGUUGGCGCCGCCGGGGAGCUGGCGGGGCAGCCAACGCUCAACGAGAAGCAGGCCAUCGCCCUCCUAAUCGUGUGCCGGCAGCUCGACCGAAUCCGGCGUGGCGAUGACACAGGCGGCGAUGGCGGCGGCCAGCUCUGCCUGUUCAUCGGCGGCGAGGGCGGUGCCGGCAAGUCGCGCAUCAUCGAGGCGCUCGCGGAGCUGCUCGCCCGGAGGGACCUAUCGAGCCGGGUACUGGUUACGGCGACGUCGGGGACGGCGGCAGCGCGGAUCAACGGCAUCACGCUGCACUCGGCCUGCGGCCUUACGGUCGGCCAGGGCGGCCGGGCGGGAGGGCGACGAGGACAUUGA